AUGUUGCGGUUCAGAAGAGAUCCAGCGCCGUUGUUGUCGCAAAAGAUUGGGACUGCUGUUUCUCGUUGUGGUCUUGUAUUCUCUUUCGAGGAACGCGUUCACGAGAUCAAAGAGGUCAGCGACAGGGAAGGAUCAGACCUCAUCGCUGUAGCCUUCAGAUACGCCGACUGGGUAGCAGGAAAGGAAGGGACUAAAACGGUAGGAAAUAAGACCAAACCCCAAUUCUUGAUUCCGAUAUUAUUGACGUUGCUGGCGAGAGAUUCUCCUCUCUGGAUCAACGAAUCCACCAUUACUCUGUUGGCGAACAUAAUAAAUUGGUGGAUUUGGAUGAGGAAGGGGAUUUGA